CCGUGACCCCUCGACCAACUGCUUCCCAUAAUCCCAUUCUCUGCUUCGUCAGCGAAAACCAAAGCAAAAGCCCAAUCUUCACGUUCAGGCUCGCAUCGAUCCAUCAACCCCUGGCAGUACGAAAGCCCUGCUUCUCCAUCUUCUCUCCGGGUGAGAUCGAUCGGAACCCUCCACUCCCGUCGAAGUUCUCUGGCCUCUGGAGCGGGAAUCAGCGAGAACCGCUUUGAUCACCAUCCCCCUUCCGUCGCCGUCGGAGGUUGAAGUAGAAGAAGAAGCAGGAGGAGGAGAGGACUAGCCCUAGCCUUCGGCUCGCCGGAGGUCUUGAAUUGAUUCUGGGUCGUUGGGAGAUGGCGGUGUCGGAGGACGAGUGCUCGACGGCGAGGUCCGGGGCAUCCACGUCGACGUCGCGCAAGACCCACUACCUGGCCAAGUGCGUCGUCCGCGGAAGCGCCAUCCUUCAGGUCGCCUACGGCCGCCUCCGUUCGCCGUCCUCUCGGGACGUCGUUUUCGGCAAGGAGACAUCCAUAGAGCUGGCAUUCAUUGACAAUGAUGGGGUUGUGCAGUCCAUCUGUGAGCAGUCCGUGUUUGGUACAAUUAAGGAUCUCGCAAUCCUCCCCUGGAAUGAAAAGUUUGAUGCACAUAACAUUCAGAUGAAGGGAAAGGAUCUUUUGGUUGUUAUAUCUGAUUCUGGGAAGCUUUCAUUUCUCACAUUUUGCGGAGAAAUGAACAGGUUUUUGCCGGUGACAAGUGUUCAACUUUCCAAUCCUGGGAACUCAAGAAAUCAGCUUGGUAGAAUGUUAGCUGUUGAUUCGGUAGGUGGUUUUGUAGCUGUUAGCGCAUAUGAGGACCGAUUUGCUCUCUUCUCUGUUUCAGUUUCUGUUGGAAGCUGUACUAUUGAUCAGAGGAUUUUUUAUCCCCCUGACAGUGGAGACACAUUUGCUGGAAAAAGCUUCCAGAAGCCCAAUAUAUGUGGAACUAUAUGGAGCAUGUGUUUUUUAUCAAAUCAACCAAGUAAGGAGCAUGAUACUGUAUUAGCCGUUCUUCUGAAUAGGAGGGGUGCAAGUCUGAAUGAGUUGUUGUUAUUCGGAUGGAAUAUUAGAGAGCAAGACUUGCAUUUUAUUUCUCAGUAUGUUGAGGCUGGGCCGUUAGCACAUAACCUCAUUGAAGUUCCUCAUCUUCAUGGAUUUGUCUUUUUGAUGAGGCUUGGUGAUGUUCUCUUGAUGGAUCUUCGAGAUGAUUGCAAUCCCUGUUGUGUCUAUAGGACAAGUUUGAAUUCUUUACCUCCUUCAGUGGAGGAGAUUGAUGUGGUGGAAGAAACAUGUAGUGUACAUGACUUCAGCAUGGAUGAUGAAGGGUCAAACGAUGCUGCAUGUGCUUUACUGAAGCUGAGGGAUCAUGAUCCCAUGUGUAUAGAUGACGACGACUGCAAUGCUAAGUCAAGCUCCACAUAUGUCUGCUCAUGGAGUUGGGAACCUGGAAACUCUAGAAAUCAGAGGAUGAUAUUUUGUGUAGAUACAGGAGAACUUUUCAUAAUUGAAGUUUCUUCUGAUUUUAAUGGUCUUAAAGUUAAUUUAUCUGAAUGUCUAUAUAGAGAUCUACCAUGCAAGGCUCUUCUAUGGGUAGAAGGUCGAUUCUUGGCUGCAAUUGUUGAGAUGGGAGAUGGGAAGAUCCUGAAAUUUGAAAAUGGGAAACUAACAUAUGCAAAUCCUGUCCAAAGUAAUUGUCCUAUCUUGGAUGUGUCACUAGCAGAUUUUCAUGAUGAAAAACAAGAUCAGAUGUUUGUCUGUUGUGGAGUGGCACCCGAAGGAUCACUCAGAAUUAUUCGAAGUGGCAUCAAUGUUGAGAAGCUGUUGAAAACUGCUUCCAUUUAUCAAGGCAUAACUGGUAUUUGGACGAUGAAGAUGAAAGUGACAGACUGCUAUCAUUCUUUCCUUGUACUAUCAUUUGUCGAAGAAACAAGGGUAUUAUCUGUUGGUCUAAGCUUUACCGAUGUGACUGAUGCAGUCGGUUUCCAGCCUGAUGUCUGUACUUCGGCCUCUGGCCUUGUAGAAGAUGGUUGGCUAAUCCAGAUACACCGGUGUGCAGUGAGGCUUUGUUUGCCUACCAAGGCUGCCCAUUCAGAAGGCAUUCCUUCAUCCUCACCAAUAUGCGCAACUUGGUCUCCCAGGAAUGUUGGUAUUAGUAUGGGUGCAGUGGGACAUCACUUUGUUGUGAUUUCUACUUCUAAUCCUUGCCUUCUAAUAGUUCUAGGGAUUAAAGCCCUUUCUACAUAUCAAUAUGAAAUAUUCGACGUGCACCAUCUGAGAUUUCAAAGUGAAAUUUCCUGCAUUUCUGUACCUCAGAAUUACUUUGAACGAGAACAGUCCUGUUCCUACGUCAGCAGAAGAGAUAUUAAGCAUGCUGAAUCUCUUCCUCAAGGAGUUCAUAUUGGCAAUAUCGUUGUGAUUGGCACGCAUAGGCCUUCUGUGGAAGUUAUUUCUAUCAUUCCUGAUCAAGGCCUUCGAGUGAUUGCAUCAGGGACCAUAACGUUAACCAGUACAAUGGGCACUGUAGUCAGCGGUUGUAUCCCCCAGGACGUAAGGCUUGUAUUAGUGGACACAUUAUAUGUUCUUUCCGGUUUGAGGAAUGGGAUGCUUCUCCGUUUUGAGUGGCCUACAGCCUCAUGGAUGAAUUCUUCAGAGUUACUAUGUCAGAACUCUUCUAGUAGUCCUUAUCGUGGAAAUGCAUACGCAGCAGCGUCAGAGAUAAAGGCAAAUUAUUUCAGCCGAGGAAUGUCUACUGGUGUCUUGUCUGGGAAGUUUGGAGAUAUCCAUCCUAUUAAUCUUCAAUUAAUAGCCACUCGUCGAAUCGGGGUAACUCCUGUUUUUCUGGUGCCCUUGAGUGAUUCUCUGGAUUCUGACAUGAUUGCUCUCAGUGAUAGACCCUGGUUGUUGCAAACAGCAAGGCACAGCCUAUCUUUUUCAUCGAUUUCUUUUCAACCUGCAACUCAUGUAACUCCAGUUUGUUCGGCUGAGUGCACCAAGGGAGUUCUAUUUGUUGCCGGAAACAGUUUACAUUUGGUGGAAAUGGUGCAUAGCAAGAGGCUUAAUGUACAGAAGUUUCAGAUUGAAGGUACUCCAAGAAAAGUUUUGUAUCAUAGCGAUAGCAGGCUACUACUUGUGAUGAGGACUGAAUUAAGUGCCGAUACAUGCACAUCCGACAUAUGUUGCGUGGAUCCUUACAGUGGCUCAGUGUUGUCAACUUUUAAACUUGAACCAGGAGAAAUUGGAAAAUGCAUGGAGGUAGUGAGGGUUGGGAGGGAACAAGUAGUUCUGAUUGGGACCAGUCGAUCUUGUGGUCCUGCUAUAAUGCCCAGUGGUGAAGCUGAGAGUACCAAAGGCCGUCUGAUUGUGCUCUGCCUUGAGCAGACGCAGAAUUUGGAUGGUGGUCCAACGGCAUUCUUCAGGAAGGCAGGUUCAUUUUCUAAACGCAGUUCACCAUUUCGUGAGAUUGUUGGAUACGCGACUGAGCAGCUAUCGAGUAGUAGUUUCUGCAGCAGUGAAGAGGAUACUAGUUGUGAGGGAAUCAAACAUGAAGAAAGUGAAGUUUGGCAGUUACGAUUGGCUUAUUCAACUAUAUGGACAGGAAUGGUGCUUGCUGUUUGUCCGUAUCUGGAUCAUCUUUUUUUGGCAUCAGCCGGCAAUGCUUUCUAUGUAUGUGGUUUUGUAAAUGAAAAUCCACAAAAGGUGAAAAGGUUUGCUAUGGGAAGGACUCGUUUUAUGAUUACGUCUUUGACGUCGCAUUUUACCAGAAUUGCUGUUGGUGAUUGCCGUGAUGGUAUUCUUUUCUACUCUUAUCAUGAGGAUGGAAGAAAACUAGAGCAAGAUUAUUCUGAUCCAUCCCAACGAUUAGUUGCUGAUUGUACUCUUGUGGAUGUCAACACAGCUGUUGUUUCAGACAGGAAAGGGAGUAUUGCUGUCUUAUCAGCUCCUGAUCGUACAGAAGAUAAUGCAAGUCCAGAGAGCAACUUGACAUUGGGUUGUGCCUAUUAUAUGGGAGAGAUUGGGAUGAGCAUCAAGAAGGGAUCCUUCUCUUAUAAACUCUCAGCUGAUGAUAUGUUGAGGGCAUCUGAUGACCCAAUUUUGAAAGUUGACUUGGCCCACAAUAUUAUCAUUGUCAGCACAUUACUAGGAAGUAUAACAGUCUUUAUUCCAAUAUCAAGGGAUGAGUAUGAACUCCUGGAAGCAGUGCAGGCUAAACUGGCUGUCCAUCCAUUGACAGCCCCCGUUUUAGGAAAUGAUCAUAAUGAGUUCCGUAGUCGUGAAAAUCUGGUUGGGAUACCUAAGGUUCUAGAUGGCGACCUGCUUUCUCAGUUUUUGGAGCUUACAAGCAUGCAACAGGAGGCUGUACUCUCACUGCCUCUUUGCGCGCCAGAGACAAUCAAAUUGAGCUCAGUACCAUUUUCUCCGAUUCCGGUCAAUCAGGUCGUGCAGCUCCUAGAACGGGUUCAUUAUGCUUUAAAUUAGUCUGCCGUUGCAAGUUUCUUCACAUACUGCAUGCUUCUCCACGGGAGGAUUCUGUCAAGUUGCAGAAUAUGCAAAGGGCACUGUUUUUGACAGUACAGUUAUGCUUAAGCGAUGAAGUGCCCGUCUGAGACGCCCAAGCAUACAUGGGAGUUACAAACUCAGAUCAAUGACCAUACGCUACCCGAGAGUGGAGAGUUUUACUACACUGAAGCUUGUACACUCCAAUUCUCUUACCGGGAGGAUGUUUGCGCAUAUGGGUAAAACAAUGGUUCAGGAGUGGUUUUCACAUUUGUGCUGUAUAUAUGAUUACAAAAACCUUUUUCUUUUUACCUACAUACCUUGUCAAGUUAAUUCACAAAAGCUAAAUCGUGAUGUCUGGCGUCAGCCUCUUAAAUAGAUGUUCUUACUCUUGCACAAGGAAAUGCAGUGUUUCUUGUACCGAGAGGCAUUUCCGGGUCGAGAGGAGAGGCCGAUUUAUCUCCAGAUUCUACACAAAAUAGUGUUUGACAUGGAUCCCGCAGAGUCUAGUGGAUACUGUUGUCGUGAUUCUUUUGUAUUGAGAGGUGUCCAAGAAUGUUGUGAAGUGCAAUGGGUUUCUCAAGUAA